UAUUAAAAACCUAAUGAGACCACAAUCUCCUAAGAUGCUACAAACACAAACUAUAGCAACAACUCGUAUUGUUAAUUCUCCUCCUAGAGAUACACGCUAAGAUUCUUCCAGUAGACUAGCUAAAGUUACAACUUGUUAAACAAGACCAAAGGUUACCAUUACUACAAUACCAAAUAAACCAAUUAUUGAAACAAGAACUGUUGUUCUCUGUAAUGAUAAAAAGUGUUAAGCACAUGUAAAUUUUAUUUAAAUUUCAUAAGGAAAAUCACAUUGAAUAAUUAACCUAAGAAAAUUAUAAAUUAAAUUAACGUAUACAUGAUCUAGAACUCUAAAUUGAUAAAUUUGAUGGAGAACAAUAAAUCUGGAUGAGUACAGCUAUUGAAAUUGAAAGUUUGAGAAAGUUACUUGAAGAAACUUAAAAAAAUCAUUAAAAAGAAAUUUAAUCUCUUAAUUCGGAACUUUAUAAUGUUAAAUCUCUAUGUUAAACUUAAGAUGAAAAAAUCUAAUCACUUAACUCUUAAAUUAAAACAAAACAACAUUUCGAAGAAGGAUAUCUAACUCUGACUUAAGAAAUUGAAAAAUAUAAAUUUAUUAAUUAAGAUAAAGAUGAAUAAUUAUAAUAAUAAGACGAUAGGAUUAAAGAUUAUGAAAAAUAACUUUAACUUGGAGAAAAUGUAAUUGAAGAAAGAAACUCAUAAAUAUAAGUAUUGCUCGAAAAAAACUAAUAAUAUUAACUAGAAUUUGAAACAUCUAACAAUGUUAUUCACUAAUUGAAAUAAGAAAUUUUACAAAAAGAUAAUCAAAAUCAAUAAUUAUUAUCACAGAAAGAUUCCUUAAUUUCUAAUUACAGAGAAAAUCUUGAUUUAUUAGAAUAAAAAGUAUAGUAAGAAUAACAUCUUGAUGUUCAAAAAAAUCUUUAAUUAAUUAAAUUGGAAAAUGAAAAAGAAGAUUUAAAUAAAAUUAUUGGAAAUUUACAAUCCUAAUUGAAAGAUUUUUAAGAGUAAAAUAAUCAAUUAAAUCAAUAACUUAUUUUAAAUGAUUAACUUAAUUUUGAACUCUAAGCUUCUGUUGAAAAUCAAACUAAAAGCUUUGAGUUCUAAUUGUAAAGUAAAUCGAAUGAACACGAGUUAAGUAAUUAAGAAAAAUUAUAAUUGUAAGAAGAAUUAUAUAAAUCCAAAUAAGAAUCAGAGGAUAAGGAGAAUUUAAUAAUUUCUUUAAAAAAUGACAUUAUUGUUCUCACUAAUUAAAUAACUGGAAAAGAUGAAAAAAUUGAAAUACUUUAUUAAGAACUAAAUCAACAAGUUGUACAAACAGUUUUGUAUAAUAAUAAAUAAUUAUAAAAUUAUUUGAUUAUCAAUGAAGAACUAAAAAAAGAAUUAAAAUAAAGUGUUUCAAGUGCAAAAUCAGUUUAAAAUGAUUUAUAAAAAGAAAUUGAAAAUAGAAAUCAAUUAUUAGAAAUGUUAAACUAAUCAAAAGUACAAAUUUAAGAAUUAUAAAAUAUUAAAAGUUCUUUAGAGAAUGAAUUAUUAAAUUAGAGAUAAUAAAAUGAAAAUUAAAAUAUAGAAAAUGAAAAAGAAACUUUAUAAUUAUCAGAUUCAAUUAAGUCAUUUUAGAAAUAAAUAUCUGAAAUUUCAGAAGAAAAAACCCAAUUAGAAAAUACAUUAGUUUAACUUACAAAUGAAACUUAAAUUGAGAUAAAGUAAUUAUGGGAAACAGUAUAAUUGUCUAAAUAAAAUGAAGAAAAACUCAGUGAAGCAAACCAAGAAUAAUAAGAAUAAUUAUUACUUCAAAGUUUAGAAGUGUAAAGACUUUAAAAUGAAAAUAAAAAUUUAAAAGAGAUUUAAUAAUAACAAUCUCAAGAAAUAGAGAAAUUAAAUGAAUAAUCAACAUAAGUAUUUGAAAACAAAUUAUAAUUGUAAGUGGAACAAGAUAAAUAAAUUGAUUAAUUAUAAAAUAAGAUUCAAGAGUUCAGUAUUUUAUGUGAAAAAUUGUAAUCAGACUUGAAAUUAUAAAAUGAGGUAAAUGAAGAGUUAAAUAAAAGAAAUUAAUUUAAUUAAGCUCAGAUAUCCCAUUUACAAGAAGUAGAAUCAUAAUUAAGAUAUUUAAAUGAAUAAUCUAAUCAAUAAUAAAAAAAUUUGUAAAAAGCAUUAGAAAAUAAAAAUGAAACAGAAAAUACACUUAAAUUUAAACUUGAUACUUUAUUAGAAGACAUUAAAGUUAAAUAAAUGUAAUUAUCAGAAUUAGACAGAUAAUUAUAAAUAGUAGAGCAGACAAGUUAGAGCUAAUAAAUAAAUUUAGAGGAUAGAAUAAAUUAUCUUUAGAAUGAAGUGGAGAUGUGGAAAGAAAAGUUUGUAAUUUUAAAUAGAGAUUAUCACAGAGUUUAAGAAGAUUUGAUGAUGGUUUAAGCUGAAUAUGAAGCAGUUAACAAACGAAGUUUCGAAUUAAAGAAUAUAAAAGUAUUUAUAAUUAAAUUAUAUUUUAGGAAUCAGCAUGUUUUGAAGUAAGAAAAUCUUCACUUUACAAGGAAAAUAUUGAUGUUAAAUCCAGUUAAACUUCCAUUGGCAAGCUAUUCAAAGAGAAUUUUUGA